GCCGGGCAGAUAGCAGGGGGCUACUGAGCGACAGCGGCUGGGUCGGGGCUGCGGCCAGGCGCGGCGAUGCUGCAGCUGCGGGACUCUGUGGAUUCGGCGGGCACGAGCCCCACGGCGCUGCUGGCGGCCAGCGAGGAGGUGUCAGUGUGCGGUGGGACCGUCGGCCGGGCCGGGGCGGGGCCUGGCACGCCGCUGCGCCAGACACUGUGGCCGCUCAGCGUCCACGAUCCGACGCGCCGCGCCCGAGUCAAGGAGUACUUCGUGUUCCGGCCCGGCACCAUCGAGCAGGCGGUGGAGGAGAUCCGCGCCGUGGUGCGGCCGGUGGAGGACGGCGAGAUCCAGGGAGUGUGGCUGCUGACCGAGGUGGACCACUGGAACAACGAGAAGGAGCGGCUGGUGCUGGUGACCGACCAGUCGCUGCUUAUCUGUAAAUACGACUUCAUCAGCCUCCAGUGCCAGCAGGUGGUCAGAGUGGCACUCAGCGCAGUGGACACUAUCUCCUUCGGAGAGUUCCAGUUUCCCCCGAAGUCUCUUAACAAGCGAGAAGGCUGUGGGAUUCGCAUUCAGUGGGACAAGCAGAGUCGCCCUUCCUUCAUCAACAGGUGGAACCCCUGGUCCACAAACUUGCCCUAUGCAACCUUCAUUGAGCACCCGAUGGCUGGCGUGGACGAGAAGACCGCAUCUCUGUGCCACCUGGAAAGCUUCAAGGCUCUGCUGAUCCAGGCCGUCAAGAAGGCCCAGAAGGAAAACCCUCUGCCGGGGCAGGCGAGCAACGUGCUGGUCCUGGAGCGCCCGCUGCUCAUCGAGACCUACGUGGGGCUCAUGUCCUUCAUCAACAACGAGGCCAAGCUGGGCUACUCCAUGACCCGAGGCAAAAUAGGCUUCUAGGUGGCCAGGCCCAGGACGUGGGUGCAGGGCUGGGAGCUGGGCGCAGCCGAGCGAAUACAUGCGUUAGUAGGAUCUGGACCCGAGACGUUGGUGGCCACCAAGGCUGGGAGACCUAGCCGGCCAGGGCUGUCGGUUCCCCCUGUCCUCCACCUCCCAUGCAGCCGUGUGGCUCCCGGUCCCUGCCCACCUUUUGACCGUGUCUGUCUCUGCCGUGUGGACAGCUGGAUUCGGGCAGGAACCUGGGGUCUCAUGCACACGUGCUCCUGUUUACACAUGGUGUCAAACUUUGUAUUUUGAAUCUCAACCCUUUUUUUUUUUUUUAGCUAAAGCCAACAGCCGCCAGCAGACUGUCUGGAGCCCGAUGCAGUCUGUGCCUUGUCAACCCCUGGUGACCACGCCCUUUUGUAAAAAUGUUUGACCUCCAGUCAUACCUUUUCUAGUCCAUCCAAGUGUAUGGUGUUCCGGCGUCAUUCCUGGCCCAGGAGGAUUCGCAUCUGUCACCUCAGGGUUCCAGGAUGGCACCCUGCUGGUUCUUUGCACACGAUUUUGAUAGCUGUCCGUACCCUAAGUUUGUAUCAUUCUGUUCCUGUUUAGGAGGGAAUUUGGUAGCAUGCUUUGUAAAGAAUGCACUUUAAAAAGCCCCAUAAACCCUCAGAGCGGCAGGUGCUGGCCAUGGUCCCCACCCCGGGUAGACCCAGCCUCAGUGCCCACCCGAGCCCGUGUGCCUGCUCUCCCGAGCUGCUCGCCUGUGUAUGUCCCGCAGUACUUGUCUUAAACUUCAAUGCUGGCUUGUCCGUGUCUCUCCAGUUACAGUUGUCAUAGCUUUAAGCUGCCUGGCGUGAAUGUGACCAGGACGCCAUGGCCUGUCCAAUCGGAAGGCUGCCCCUCAAGUGCCCCGGUCUUCAGCCUGUGCUAUGUCUUGUAGUAAAGACAUUUAGAGCCAAAAGAA